GAAAUAUUCUUAGUAACUCCUAUCACAUGGUCUAAUCAUAUGCUAUUGCUUGGAUAUAACAUUCAUUUUGAUUACAAAUAAAUCAUGAAUUCAAGAUUAUAGUAUUUACCCUUUAAUUUUUUUUCAUUGCAUUCAUUUUUUUUAUAUAUAUUAGAAAAAUAAUGAUUGCGGAAUCAAAAUGUGAUUUUACCAGUGAAACAAUUUAAAAAUCAGAAAAACAAAUAUGUCAGCCAAAUGAGAAGAAAGAAAUGUAAAGCGAUGCCGAGAGACUUUAUGCACAGAAGAAAGAAAGGGAGCUAAAAGGAGCUAAUGAAUUAACUCCAGUUGACAGCUACAAUGGACUGGAACUUUGAUAUUAGCAGAAAAAGGCUGCAAUACAUAGUAAAGUCUGUACCACGAGGCUACGUACUCCUAAUAAACAACGAAACGUUCAGAAAUGGAAUGGAGCAAAGACGUUUCGGAUCACAAAGAGAUUACACCAUGCUUAAAGAAAUGUGGGAAGACUUCGGAUACCAAAUAAAAGAAUAUUACAAUCUGGGUUUAACGUCCUUCCAAAAAGCCAUAACAGAUUUUGCGAAAAUGGAAGAACAUGCUUGUGUAGAUUCAGCUAUUGUUUUUAUAAUGAGCCAUGGGAAAGAAGACGAAACAAAUCCUCGCGCUGUAAAGAUUGUAACGACAGACGAUCAAUAUAUUUCUUCUGACUGGAUAAAAGAACAAUUUUCUUCCUUUAAUUGUUGCAGGUUGAUCAAUAAACCUAAAAUAAUAUUUUUUCAGGCCUGUCGAGGUUCUUUGCGAGAUAGAGGAAUCGUUGUCAACAUUCCUGACAUGAUUACCUUUACUAAUAAUAAUAAUAAUAAUCAUGUCGUUCCUGCAAUGACUGAUUUGUUGAUAGUGUUUCCAACUCUUCCAGGAUAUGUUUCUCAAAGAGACACAAGACUGGGGGCUUGGUUUGUCCAGGAAUGUAUAUCUGUGUUCAGAAGUGACUGUCAAAGAUCUGAUCUGUUAACAAUGUUGAAUAAAGUAGAUCAAAAUGUAAGAGAAAAAUGUGAAAGAGACCACGAUGCUUACUUCCAAGUUGUGUACUAUGAGUCUUGGGGCUUCAACAAGAAAAUGUUUUUUAGAGAUAAAAAAAGAAAAAAUAGAAGAAAAGAUGAAGCAGCAGUAAUUGAUGAUCCAGAUCGAGAACCUUUCCUUAUGCUUAACAGUAAUAAUAUGGGUAUAAUAUGAAAGGUUUAUGUGAAAUUGUAUACCUGUUUUAAAAAUGACAAAUAAAACACACUAUUUAUUU